AGGCAGGAAUAGCUAGAGAGGAACAAUGGGGCUAUUAAGAGGUUUUGUUUUCCUCUUAGUUCCAUACCUGCUGCACAGGUCAAAUAGUUCCUUCAUUAGGCUGAAUAACAAUGGUUUUGAAGAUAUUAUCAUUGUUAUAGAUCCUAGUGUGCCAGAAGAUGAGAAAAUAAUUGAACGAAUACAGGAUAUGUUGACUACAGCUUCUACUUAUCUGUUUGAAGCCACAGAAAAAAGAUUCUUUUUCAAAAAUGUAACUAUAUUAGUCCCUGAGAAUUGGAAGGAAAAUCCUCAGUACAAAAGGCCAAAGUAUGAAAACUAUAAACAUGCUGAUGUUAUAGUUGCACCACCUACAUUCCCAGGUAGAGAUGAACCAUACACCAAGCAGUUCACAGAAUGUGGAGAGAAAGGCGAACAUAUUCAUUUCACCCCUGACUUUCUACUUGGAAAAACACAGAAUGAAUAUGGACCAUCAGGCAGACUGUUUGUCCAUGAGUGGGCUCACCUCCGGUGGGGAGUGUUUGAUGAGUACAAUGAAGAUCAGCCUUUCUACAGCGCUAAGUCAAAAAAAAUUGAAGCAACAAGGUGUUCCACAGGCAUCUCUGGUAUAAAUAGAGUUUAUAAGUGUCAAGGAGGCAGCUGUCUUACUAGAACGUGCAGAGUUGAUUCUACAACAAAACUAUAUGAAAAAGAUUGUCAGUUCUUUCCUGAUAAAGUGCAAACAGAAAAAGCAUCCAUAAUGUUUAUGCAAAGUAUUGAUUCUGUUGUUGAAUUCUGUAAUGAAAAAAACCAUAAUCAAGAAGCUCCAAGCCUACAAAACAUAAAGUGCAAUUUUAGAAGUACAUGGGAGGUGAUCAGCAAUUCUGAGGACUUUAAAAACACCACACCCAUGGUGACAUCACCUCCUCCACCUGUCUUCUCAUUGCUGAAGAUCAGUCAGAGAAUUGUGUGCUUAGUUCUUGAUAAGUCUGGAAGCAUGGUGGGUUAUAACCGCCUGAAUCGAAUGAAUCAAGCAGCAAUACAAUUCCUGCUGCAGACUGUUGAAAAUGGAUCCUGGGUGGGGAUGGUUCACUUUGAUAGUACUGCCACUAUUAUAAAUAAGCUAAUCCAAAUAAUAAGCAGCAAUGAAAGAAAUACACUCUUGGAAAAGUUACCUACAUAUGCUCAGGGAGGAACUUCCAUCUGCUCUGGAAUUAAAUCCGCAUUUCAGGUGAUUAGAGAGCUAUACUCCCAACUCGAUGGAUCUGAAAUAGUGCUGCUGACUGAUGGGGAGGAUAACACUGCAAGUUCUUGUAUUGAUGAAGUAAAACAAAGUGGGGCCAUUGUUCAUUUUAUCGCUUUGGGAAAAGAUGCUGAUGAAGCAGUAAUAGAGAUGAGCAAUAUAACAGGAGGAAGUCAUUUUUAUGCUUCAGAUGAAGCCCAGAACAAUGGCCUCAUUGAUGCUUUUGGGGCCCUUACAUCAGGAAAUGCCGAUAUCUCCCAGAAGUCCCUUCAGCUGGAAAGUAAGGGAUUAACACUGAACAGUAAUGCCUGGAUGAAUGACACUGUCAUAAUUGAUAGCACAGUGGGAAAGGACACAUUCUUUCUCAUCACAUGGGACAAACUGCCUCCCAAUAUUUUUCUCUGGGAUCCCAGUGGAACAAUAAUGGGAAAUUUCACAGUGGAUGCAGCUUCCAAAAUGGCCUAUCUCAGUAUUCCAGGAACUGCAAAGGUGGGCACUUGGGCAUAUAAUAUUCAAGCCAAAGCAAACCCAGAAACAUUAACUGUUACAGUAACUUCUCGAACAGCAAAUUCUUCUGUGCCUCCAAUCACAGUGAAUGCUAAAAUGAAUAAGGACAUAAACAGUUUCCCCAGCCCAAUGAUUGUUUAUGCAGAAAUUCUACAAGGAUAUGUACCUGUUCUUGGAGCCAAUGUGACUGCCUUCAUUGAAUCACAGAGUGGAAAUACAGAAGUUUUGGAACUUUUGGAUAAUGGUGCAGGCGCUGAUUCUUUCAAGAAUGAUGGGGUCUACUCCAGAUAUUUUACAGCAUAUACAGAAAAUGGCAGAUACAGCUUAAAAGUACGGGCUCACGGAGGAACAAACACUGCCAGGCUAAGCUUACGGCAUCCACUGAAUAGAGCUGCAUACAUACCAGGCUGGGUAGUAAACGGGGAAAUUGAAGCAAAUCCACCAAGACCUGAAAAUAAUGAGGAUACUCAGGCCACCUUGGAGAAUUUCAGCCAAACAGCGUCCGGAGGUGCAUUUGUGGUAUCACAAGUCCCAAGCCUUCCCUUGCCUGACCUAUACCCACCAAGUCAAAUCACAGACCUUGAUGCCACACCUCAUGAGGAUGAGAUUGUUCUUACAUGGACAGCACCAGGAGAUGAUUUUGAUGUUGGAAAAGUUCAACAUUAUAUCAUAAGAAUAAGUGGAAAUAUCCUUGAUAUAAGAGACAGUUUUGAUGAUGCUCUUCAAGUGAAUACUACUGAACUGUCACCAAAGGAGGCCAACUCCAAGGAAAUCUUUGCAUUUAAACCAGGAAAUACAUCAGAAGAAAAUGCAACCCACAUAUUUAUUGCCAUUAAAAGUAUAGAUAAAAGCAAUUUGACAUCGAAAGUCUCCAAUAUUGCACAAGUAGCUUUGUUUAUCCCUCAAGCAAAUCCUGAUGAAAAUUAUACUACUCCUACUCCUGACAAAAAUUAUACGACUCCUAUUCCUGAUAAAAAUCAUCAUUCUGGAGUUAAUAUUUCUACCCUGGUAUUGUCUGUGUUUGGGUCUGUUGCAAUUGUUAACAUUAUUUUAAGUACCACCAUUUGAAUCUUAACGAGGGAAAAAUCUACAAGUAGACCUAGAACAGGGUUUUAAAAAGCAAAACAGGAUAAGUAAAAGAUAUUUCUAGAUCUCAAAAUUCAUCCUGUGUGUGAUCAUAAACUCAUAAAAAUAAUUUAAAAUGUCUAAAAUAAUUUUAAAGGAUACUUGGAUUAAAUAAAACAUCCAUGGAUAUGUAAAGAACUGUGUCAAAAUUUAAAUUUAACAAUUUUAUUUAUUUGUUAUUUUAUUUGUAAGAAAUAGAGAUGAACAAAAGCCUUUUUCAUACUGAUUCCUGGUUGUAUAUUAUUUGAUACAACAGUUUUCUGUAAUGAUAUUUCAAAUUUCAUCAAGAAAUGUAAAUUAUCUAUUUGAGUAGCCAAAAUACAAGUAAAGGAAAGCAAAUAAACA